AUGACUAACUCCAAACUACACACUAUCGGACAAGGCGCCUGUGGCACUGUCUGGGCUGAAUCCGAGAAUGGCCCUAUCUACAAGCGAGAGGAUGGCGGACCAGGUCGAUCCUUGGGAAACGAUUUCGAAAUGCACCAUCGAAUCAUUCAAAGUUUCUUAAAAUUCAACGACUUCCAUAAAACCGAGCUUCAGGUUGAAAUCCCCACGCCAUACAAUUUCAUCAAAGCCAACGACCAAGACUGGUGGUCAGCUAAUCUACAAAUGUUUCCAUCGGGAUAUACCCCAUGCAACAUGAUUCACGCCCAGCGUAUCCCGCCCUUCCCACAGGCUGCAAGGGAGAAUCUCAUCAGCAGAUACUGUCCUUCAAAUAUCCAAUCUACAAUCAUCAACAGCGAACCCGAUAAGGACUGCGUGGUAAGACUGUACCUGGGCCGAAGACGAAGACAAAGAUCCCAGACUUCAUCUAGAUUCACUGCGUUUUCGCUGCGAAACUUCCCUCUUCAUCUCGACCAAGUGGAGUCUCUGGGCACUUCACAAAGCGAAAUCCACAAGUACGCCGAGAUCAUGGCUGAGACUCUCGCUGUCAUGCACUGGAUUGCGGAAGUCGAUGGGAACGACAUAGAAUUUGUUCUUGCACUUCCAAACAAUGGUCAUUCUGGCUCCGGGGUAUGCGGCUUGGAAACGGACUCUCAUCCACUUGGCAGACAUUCGAUGUGGGUAUUAGAUUUCGAUCUAUGCAGAGCGACAACUGUGGAUCUGAAAGGGGUGGAGCAAUCUGCAAGUGCAUUCUGGCGCAACGACCAUUACUAUCCUCGACCCGAUCUGGAUCGUGAACUAUGGACCGCAUUUCGAGAGCACUAUGUUCUGUUCAGCGAUGCUUGUGCAGAGACCUUUGAUCAUCAAGAAGGACAGAAGAGGCGUGACCUUGCAAGACAUUUUAUUGACCUGCUUGAGCAAGGCGUGAUAAGGGUGGAAUGA